UUAAUGUUUUGCAUUGUUUCUGUUUCUUUCAUUCAUAAUUAUUUUAGGUCAUUUUUGAAUUUAUAUCUUCUUUAAUAAGUUAGUCAUACUGUAGGUAUAGAAUUGAACAUAUUAAUUGACCAGUUUGAUAUUUGUCUGAUAAAUGUGAAUGUCUAACAAACGUCAUCCGGUGGGUCCACAACACAGCCGUACCAUAAGGAUGUAUCCAAUAGACUAAGCAUAUUUACUAUUACUACCUACUCUUUGGACUAAGCCCAGACUAAACUUUUUCUGAUACAUAAUUAUACAAUACAAUUAUGUCUUGAUUAUGUCACAUUCACAUGUUGAUAAUAUGAAGUCGAUGAUGAUGACGUUUCAGCGUUCGACGACUAUGAACGUAAAUAAAAACCAAUAAAUUCAAAUUCUCGUCAUGGAUAUUUCAAGGUAAUUCGUUCAGGUACGAUGUGACUAACGCAAAUGAUGGCAAUUGCAAUAAACUAAGUACAUAUUACCUACCUAUAUAACAAGAGCACAACAAAGCUGCCAUGCCAAGACACAACCAAUCGUGUCAGCCUUCCUGCGAGUGCCGAGGCUGUCAGUGUCCAGACUGCCCGACUUCUUUAAAGGCGGUAAAAGAUAUCGAUCCAAGUGUCUGCGACCACGGCACGAGGCCCAAGUGCCUGUGCAACGCUGUGAAAUCGAACGACAGUUGCGAAUUAUGCAUUCCCGUGAGCUGCAUAGAGCCCGAGCCGGUAUCGGAUCCAGAGCGUAUACAGAGCCUUAUGAAAGUGAUGAAGUUUGAUAAAUCAUGCUUUUGCAAGGUGGUGACCAGCGCCCUUCGCGCCGACGUGCACCGCUAUCUCGGAAUAUUCGAGCGAAUUGAACACGAUAAGGACUGCGACGAGCCAUUUGAGGACAAGGAUUGCGACGAUACACCGAGCCAUUGCUCAGGCGCUUCAACAACUGGCCGACAAACUCUUUAAUAAACGAGCAUUUUCAAUAUUUGGGACACCCCAAUUAGCGAAAAUUGUCGUCACGAAACUGACAGGGAGUUAAUUUUCGUUAACAACUUUUACUAAUUGGGGUGACCCAAAUUCUGAAAAUGCUCAAACACCUCUACAAGUAUAUUGUCUAUUAUUCUAUACGAAAAGCCUGCGCUAAAAGAAGUUGUCGCUUUCCGGUUCCGUACAGAAACAGAAAAAUAAUAAACACACCUUCGACAGUAGGUACAUACCUAAAUAUAAUGAAACCACCCCCUCGAUUUCGCCUCGUCCGGCAAUUCCGUGUGAUUUGAGACAUUUCGUCCUUUAGUGUACUACUGACAUUUACAUUUAUGCCAAAAAUUUACAAACAUUGGCAAUUUGACAUCUCAUGCAGUGCACAUUCAGAAUGUAUUAAUAUCAUGUAAAUUAAAAGCAUUCUAUUUAGAUGUUGUUUUAUUAAACAGAGUUAAAGAGUAUAUGAAAAACAAGAUAUGCCAAUAAAAAGGAAAAUACAAACGUAUGUCUUUUGGAUGAUAUUAACAAGAAAGUUCAACCGUAACAGGUUCAAAAUUAAAUUGUUUUUAUUUACCACAUUGCUUUUAUUAAUAAUUACUUUUUACGGCUGGUAUAAAUAUAAAAAUGUGCAGCGUGGAAUUUAAAUUGUUCUUAUUU